GUGACAACCAAGCAGCAGGCCGAGCUGACUCGAGGUCGGAGCUCUUGUCCGCACACUGACAAGCCGAGCAUUCGUGCUGCGGCUACAUAUACCGGAAGCUCUCGUGCCAUUUCUGCACAAGGAGCUCGAGCCAAAGCAGAGAGAGCCAGCUUCGUGGUCGUGGUCGUGGUCGUCGAAUUCUCUGAGCUCGAGGGGCAGGGACGCCAUGGCGCGGCAGGAGCAGCACCUGCAGGUGCUGAGCGCGCUGGACGCGGCGAAGACGCAGUGGUACCACUUCACGGCCAUCGUCGUCGCCGGGAUGGGGUUCUUCACCGACGCGUACGACCUCUUCUGCAUCUCCCUCGUCACCAAGCUGCUCGGCCGCAUCUACUACACGGACCUCACCAAGGAGAACCCCGGCAGCCUGCCGCCGAACGUCGCGGCGGCGGUCAACGGCGUCGCGUUCUGCGGGACGCUCGCCGGGCAGCUCUUCUUCGGCUGGCUCGGGGACAAGCUCGGGCGGAAGAGCGUGUACGGGAUGACGCUGCUGAUGAUGGUCAUCUGCUCCGUCGCGUCGGGGCUCUCGUUCUCCAGCACGCCGACCAGCGUGAUGGCGACGCUCUGCUUCUUCCGCUUCUGGCUCGGGUUCGGCAUCGGCGGCGACUACCCGCUGUCGGCGACCAUCAUGUCGGAGUACGCCAACAAGAAGACCCGGGGCGCGUUCAUCGCCGCGGUGUUCGCGAUGCAGGGGUUCGGGAUCCUCGCCGGCGGCAUCGUCACGCUCAUCAUCUCCUCCGCCUUCCGCGCCGGGUACCCGGCGCCGGCGUACCAGGACGACCGCGCCGCCUCCACGGUCCGUCAGGCCGACUACGUGUGGCGCAUCAUCCUCAUGCUCGGCGCCGCGCCGGCGCUGCUCACCUACUACUGGCGGAUGAAGAUGCCGGAGACGGCGAGGUACACCGCCCUGGUCGCCAAGAACGCCAAGCAGGCGGCGUCCGACAUGUCCAGGGUGCUCCAGGUAGAGAUCCAGGAGGAGCCCGAGAAGCUGGAGGAGAUGGUGAGCCGCAACAACACCUUCGGCCUCUUCUCCCGGCAGUUCGCCCGCCGCCACGGCCUCCACCUCGUCGGCACCGCCACCACGUGGUUCCUCCUCGACAUCGCCUUCUACAGCCAGAACCUGUUCCAGAAGGACAUCUUCACCAGCAUCAACUGGAUCCCCAAGGCCAAGACCAUGAGCGCGCUCGAGGAGGUGUUCCGCAUCUCCCGCGCCCAGACGCUCAUCGCCCUGUGCGGCACCGUGCCGGGCUACUGGUUCACCGUUGCGCUCAUCGACGUCGUCGGCCGCUUCGCCAUCCAGCUGCUCGGCUUCUUCAUGAUGACCGUCUUCAUGCUCGGCCUCGCCGUGCCGUACCACCACUGGACCACCAAGGGCAACCACAUCGGCUUCGUCGUCAUGUACGCCUUCACCUUCUUCUUCGCCAACUUCGGCCCGAACUCCACCACCUUCAUCGUGCCCGCCGAGAUCUUCCCGGCGCGGCUGCGCUCCACCUGCCACGGCAUCUCCGCCGCCGCCGGCAAGGCCGGCGCCAUCGUCGGCUCGUUCGGCUUCCUCUACGCCGCGCAGGACCCGCACAAGCCCGACGCCGGGUACAAGCCCGGGAUCGGCGUGCGCAACUCGCUCUUCGUGCUCGCCGGCUGCAACCUGCUCGGCUUCAUCUGCACCUUCCUCGUGCCGGAGUCCAAGGGGAAGUCGCUGGAGGAGAUGUCCGGCGAGGCCGAGGAGGACGACGAGGUCGAGAUGGCCGCCGGCGGCUCGGCCGUGCGGCCUCAGACGGCGUAGUGCGGCGACGUACGUGUACGGUAGCGCACAUGAAUAUAGCGUAGGUUUCACUUAAUUUACUUACCACUGUUAUUAUUAUACUCCUACUUGUUUUUGUCUAUGUGAUAUUGUUAAUCAUGAACACAUGAUCAUGUUUUGUUAGGUCAAGAGGCAAAGAAAUGUGGGUUAGAUACUUCAAAUAUGUAAACUCUGUUUUAAGUAUUUGGCCACUCAGGAAAUAAUUCUUGGAGACCAGCAAA